AUUCACUGGCAGGAACCGCUCGGCUGCAAAUACCUGCGCAGGGAAAAGGGAAGCGCGCUAACAUGGCACAAGGGGACGUGAGCGAGAGCCCACGCGUGCCGCCGCCAACGCCGCGCACGCCGAGACUCGUACGUGCGAUCGCUCCAGCGCGAAUCACUUGCACCUUCACUGUCAUGUCCCGAAACGCAGCGUAAAAAGCUCCCGAGAGGUACUCCACCGCCAUGUUACGGCCGCAGCGAGACCCGGCGGCGAGGCUGGUGGACCCGCGGCAGCUCCCUCAGCUGAUGGCCGCCCAGCAGCAGCAGCCGCCACCGGCUUGGCCCCCAGGUGCGCUGGGGGCCACGCCGGGGUCGCGCAACUCCACGGCGGCCGGGGCCCAGCACUCGCAGCAUGCAUUCCCGUGGGCGAUGACCGUCCUGGCCGUCGUGCUCAUCACCACCAUCGUGGUGGACGUCAUUGGCAACCUGCUCGUCAUCCUGUCCGUCUUCAGAAACAGGAAACUCAGGAAAACUGGAAACGCAUUUGUGGUGAGCCUGGCGCUGGCUGACCUUCUGGUGGCCGUGUACCCGUAUCCGCUGGUGCUGACGGCUAUCUUCCAUGGCGGCUGGAUCGCGGGAUACCUGCACUGCCAGGUGAGCGGCUUCCUGAUUGGCCUGAGCGUGAUCGGCUCCAUCUUCAACAUCACGGGCAUCGCCGUCAACCGCUACUGCUACAUCUGCCACAGCCUGCGCUACGACCGGCUGUUCUCGGGCACCAACACCGUGUGCUACGUGGCUCUGGUUUGGGCGCUGACCGUGCUGGCCAUCGUACCCAACUGGUUCAUGGAGUCGCUACAGUACGACCCGCGUGUCUACUCGUGCACCUUCGCCCAGUCGGUGAGCUCGGCGUACACCAUCGCCGUGGUGGUGGUCCACUUCGUGCUGCCCAUCGCCAUCGUCUGCUACUGCUACCUGCGCAUCUGGAUGCUGGUCAUCCGCGUGAGGCGCCGCGUCAAACCCGACUCGCGGCCCAAGCUCAAGCCGCACGACCUGCGCAACUUCCUCACCAUGUUCGUGGUCUUCGUGCUAUUCGCCGUGUGCUGGGCACCGCUGAACCUCAUCGGUCUGGCGGUGGCGCUGGACCCGCGACUGGGCCGCGCCAUCCCCGAGUGGCUCUUCACCGCCAGCUACUUCAUGGCCUACUUCAACAGUUGCCUCAACGCUGUCAUCUACGGCGCGCUCAAUCACAACUUCAGAAAGGAGUACAAGCGCAUCGUGCUCAUCGUAUUCAAGUUUCACUGUUGAGGGGGGUUGACG